UAUUGUACUUCUUUGAUAUUCCGUAUUAUCAUUACUCUCAUUUAAUUGUUUUUCAUCAAUUUUUUUGUGAUAAUAAUUGUUUUAGUUGUUUUAAAUAGUGUUUUAAACAAAAUUUAUAUCCAAUAAAAUUAUUUUUAAUAGUAAAAUAGUUUAACGAAAUUAUGAAACAUAGAAUGAGGUAGAUUACACAUAUAAAAUGACUCAUGUUUUAUGUUUAUUACCAUAAAAGGAACGAUUUUGAAAGUUUAAAUCUUCAAUUUAUUUAUGCUUAGUCAGUAUUAAGUGUUGUUUAAAGAUGUAUCUAUACGAUAUUCCAAGGAAAUUAACCCUUACGUCGGUUGAAGAAUUUCAGGAAGCUUUCCAGCUUUUUGAUAACCGGGGGGAUGGUAAAAUUCACGUAGCACAAAUCGGGGAUGCUUUAAGAGCAUUAGGGCAAAAUCCUACCGAAUCUGACGUUAAGAAAUAUACCCACCAGCAUAAGCCUGACGAAAGGGUGUCUUUUGAAGUGUUUUUACCUAUUUAUCAGCAAAUUUCUAAAACUCGAAGUGCUGAUACGGCGGACGAUUUUAUCGAAGGGUUGCGCCAUUUUGAUAAAGAUGGGAAUGGGUAUAUUAGUUCCGCCGAACUUCGCCACCUUUUGACCACUUUGGGGGAGAAAUUGACAGAUGACGAGGUGGAGCAGUUGCUUUUGGGGCACGAAGAUUCUCAUGGGAACGUGAAUUAUGAAGAAUUCGUUAAAGCUAUCAUGUCGGGUUGACGAAAAUCGUUUUUUUUUUCUUCAAUUAUUUACGUUGUAGAUUUUCCAUUCCAUAUUUUUUAUAUCCCGUGACUAAUACUGUUUUUUUUGUUUUGAAAAAUCAUUUGAUCAAAACGGCAUUUAAAAAAAACUUGAUAGACUGAAAAUUUCGACCUUUUUGGCCCUAAUUUUUUUAUAUCUUUAUCUUAAAGUAUUAAUUUAUAAUAUUGGAUAAAUAAUGAUGGAUUUUGUGUAAAAAUGUAUGCCAUAUUUAAUAUAUUGGGAUGUUUCACUAA